AUGAGCAGAGCUACGAGCGACGACAGGGAAACCCGUUCCGGUAUCAACAACACCGAGAACAAAGGAACAGGUAUGGCGUGUGGUACAAGUAGCGUGAGCGAAGCGAGUGUAAACGCAGUGAAAGUCCGAGUUCCCCCUUUCUGGCCAGAGGAACCUGAAAUAUGGUUUGCGCAGAUCGAGAACCAGUUCUCGUUGGCCAACAUCACCAAGGACGAGACCAAGUUCAACAUAGUCUCAGGAGAUCUCAGUCAGGAGUAUGCGCGGUUGAUGAAAGAUUUUUACACAAAUCCACCAAAGGAGAAUAAGUAUAGUCUCUUUAAAGCUGCUCUUAUUAAACGCCUCACCGACUCCCGCGAGAAGAAGACCUUGCAGCUUCUCCAGAACGAAGACCUGGGCGACAGGAAGCCAACGCAAUUUCUGCGUCACCUGCAGAGCUUAGCUGGGCCCGACAUGCCGGACGAAUUCAUACGCACGGUCUGGACAAGCCGCCUUCCCACUCAUGUUCAAACCAUUGUUGCUUCGCAGCCCAACAGCAGCCUGGAAGCAGUGGCAGACCUGGCCGACCGUGUGGUAGACAUCGUGCAAGCACAACCGGUCGUCGCAAGUACCAGCAUGCCGACCCGAUCACCAGGUACUGCUUUGGAAGAGCGGGUUGCACAACUGACUCGGCAGGUGGAGGCAUUGAUGAAGAAAGGUCAGGCACAAUAUUUUAAUAGUAGCAGGAGGGGCAGGUCUCGCAGCAGGUCAUCGCGCUCACGUUCACGCUCAAACUCGCGGGGACAACGCCCGGAAGGCCACCCCCACUGUUGGUACCACUACACCUUCGGCAGCAAGGCAAGGAAAUGCACACCACCCUGCAGCUUCCAGGCGGAAAACUCCAAGGGCAGCCGCUAG